AUGUCGAGGCCAACCGUCACCGUCGUCUCUGCCAAGGGCGAGGUCACCCAGGACACCAUCCCCGUCCCCAAUGUCUUCAAGGCUCCAAUCCGCCCGGAUGUCGUCCACGCGGUGCACACUGGCAUGAACAAGAACCGCCGCCAGCCCUACGCUGUCUCCGAGAAGGCUGGUCACCAAACUUCUGCCGAGUCCUGGGGUACUGGUCGCGCUGUUGCCCGUAUCCCCCGUGUCUCUGGUGGUGGUACUCACCGUGCUGGUCAGGCUGCUUUCGGUAACAUGUGCCGCUCUGGCCGCAUGUUUGCUCCUACCAAGGUCUGGCGCAAGUGGCACCAGAAGAUCAACCUGAACCAGAAGCGCUUCGCUACCGCCUCUGCGCUCGCUGCUUCAGGAAGCCCUGCUCUUCUCCUUGCCCGUGGCCACGCUAUCAGCACCGUCCCCGAGGUUCCUCUCGUCGUCUCAUCGACUGCUUUCGCCGAUGCCGCCAUCAAGAAGACCUCCGCUGCCGUCGCUCUCCUCAAGGCCGUCGGUGCUGGUGCUGAUGUUGAGAAGGCUCGCAACUCGCGCAAGCUCCGCGCUGGUAAGGGUAAGCUCCGUGGUCGCCGCCACAAGCAGCGCCGUGGACCUCUUGUCAUCUACAACCCUGAUGAGGAUGGCAAGGAGCUCGUCCUUGCUUUCCGCAACAUCCCAGGUGUCGAGACCUCAUCCGUCUACUCCCUGAAUCUCCUCCAGCUUGCCCCCGGUGGUCACCUUGGCCGCUUCAUUGUCUGGACUUCUUCCGCUUUCAGCGCCCUCGACAAGGUCUACGGAUCCACCACCGAGCCCUCAGCGCUCAAGAAGGACUUCCUUCUCCCAUCUCCCAUGAUGGUCCAGCCCGACCUCAGCAAGAUCAUCAACUCCAGCGACGUCCAGAAGGUCCUCCGCCCCGUCCGUGGCGGAGCCGUGACCAAGCGCAGCCACACCCAGAAGAAGAAUCCUCUCAAGAACUUCCAGGUGCAGCUUCGCCUCAACCCCUACGCUGCUACCUUCGCCAAGGAGAAGCUUGGCCAGAAGAAGAUCGAGGCUGGCAAGGCCGAGCCUGCCGCCGAUACCUUCUACGAGCUGCUCCAGGAUAACUAG